GUCUGUCUGUCUGUAGACUUUCUGUGGAACUUGAUUGUCAACUGCCGCGAAAAUGUCAUGAAAAUUACUAUGUUCAAGAAGGAUACGGAUCAAUCAGUUCCAACAGGAGCCGGAGUUAACCUACGCAGCAUUCUAGUAUUUCAUCUUAACAGGAUUCUGGAAUUGAAUCACCAGAGUCAUCUCAAGUACCAGUUCUACCUCCACAACGACUACCGUUUCUCGGCCGAGGACAAGAUGGUGAAGGUAGACGAUCUCCGACAGACAUCACGCCUACAAUGCCACAGCUCUGAUAAGAGCCGAUGGUUAGAAAUAGAGGACAUACACGUCUGGUUCAAACACCCAGACCAGAAGAGGACGCAGACCCAGAGGAGUCAUGUCGACUCGAUGAAGGAUCUACCGGAAAGAAAGUUGACAGUCAAAGAGAUGGGUCGACUGUCCAGGUACAUCGGCGCUUCAUAUCAGACUUUCUUUGUCGAGCUUGGCUGCCCUGUUGUAGUACUGGAACAGAAGAUGGCAGAAAACCGUGAAUUCUCUUUUAGAUCUCUCAUAACGAAGAUCUUUAUUUACCUCCUUCAAUACGGACGCGGAUGUUACAUUCACAAGAGUCGCAGAUGCGAUGUCCGAGCAUGGAUUAGAUCCAGAAACACUGUAUAACAUCAUUGACGACAACAGGAAUACGUUGUUUAAUGACGACACUUUGUCAGAGGGAUUGUUACAGAAAUGCCUAACUGUAUAUGACGCUCCAGUCAUAGCCGAACACGUGAACGCCAAAAACUACUUCAACCUGUUCCUUGAGCUCGGCUUAACGCCAAUUAGAAUUGACGAGUUUGACGUCAACUUCAGAAACGAUACAAUUCUCAACAGGAUCAGUGCGAUGGUUGAGGAGUUUAUUGGAAAUCCUAGUCGACGUCCUACUCUAAACACAGUUCUGCUGGCGAUGGCUGAAUGCGACAUGGACACCAAUUCCCUCAUCCAAGCCCUAACUCAAACAAAGUGAGACCAGAACAGCCAAUUAGAUGUAGAGACAUGGAGCGAGUCCCAGACUGUCUGUUGGUGUUCUGACGUGGCCAUAUCUCUCCGAAUGGAUCCAGGUUCAACUAGAAAACAAGUCAUGAAAGGUCAACAUGUUAUAAGUGACAUUAAAGACGUCAAUUUUGGAAACGUGAUGAUUCUGGAUCAAUCAUAUCUUGUCAUGACCCUUACCCUACAUACCAUCCGGACGUGUGUUUCUCAACAACAAUACAAUCGUUUAACAAUUAAUAUUGGAAGCUUGGUUUGGUUUGGUUUAUUUUGUUUAACGUCCUAUUAACAUCUAAGGUCAUUUAAGGACGGCCUCCCGUGCGU